AGUUUGAAUAACCUGCCAGUAGAUGGCAGAGUCGUCUCAGCUGACACAAAAAAAGUAUUUCUUUGAAAACAUUUGCUGCCUUUAAGUUUUGGCCAUCUAAAAUUAUUAGCUCAGUCCACCUUCCCUCUGACACAUUCAUGCAAUACCAAUACAGAACCAACUAUUACAGAUAACACUAAUAGUAAUGUCGUGAUUAAACUAUUGAAUUUCUACAGCGGCCCCACGUCUAAACAUUUGAAUGCCGUGUACCUGGCAGUUGGCAGAGGGUGUUCCGCACAAGUCGUUUCAGUGGCGAUUUUAGAGAAGAAGUGUCUUCCACUGAGUUCCCCGUAUGUUUGUGGAUGUCUAACAUCACACGUGGAUUAAAAACCAAAAAGCAUGCACUCAAAGAAGGCCACAAUCAUUCCAGAAACAUUUGGACACCUUAAGCCUUUGUCAAUGUACUCAAGGAUGAACAUUGACAAAGGCAGCCUUUACAGUUUCCCUGAGCCAUUUAUUAAUUAUAAAUUUGAGCUUGUCGACGGUGGUGCGACAAAGCGGAAAUUAGAUGAUUCCCACCAGAAAAACUGCAAAGAGACUCCCGCAAAGAAACCGUUCAGUCCAAAGGUGUUGACGCCGGAUGACUGCUCCUCCCUGUUGUUUAGCAGCUCUCCAGUGAGACAACACUCCCCUUUAGUCUUCUUUCAGGCCACGUUGUUGGCCAAAACGCCAAGCAGCUCCAAGCAUGUUGCAUGUGAGUCAACCCCGACACUGUGUGGUCACAAUGGGAAUGAUCCUUGUGUGGUUAAGGAUGAAAACUUACAACAGCAGCCUGCCUUGGACGCUGAUGACCCCUUGUCCGUCAAGUCCUCUGACACUUGUCCGAAUGUAAAACAUGAGGAUGAGGAUAAGGGAUAUUUGUUCAUGUGCCUCACUCCCUCACUGCAGACCCCGCCUACCUGCAGUCCACUUCUUAAGGUGGUCGAGGGGAAUGAGCUUGCGUCUGAGCCGCAGAGGCCAACACAGGUCGCACAGAAAGGAUGCAGAGUCUCUCUCGCAGUGACGGAGCAAGACUCCACUCUAAGUGGGUUGUCAUGGCCCUCACCUGUAGAACCAUUAGGGGGCUUGGUAGAGGUGGUGUGGAAUAUCGGUCCCCCCAUUCUAGAAUCAUCUGUUUGUACAAAUGAGGGUGAGGCUAGUGGGACCAAGUCAGUAGAAGAGGUUCCGCCAAAUGAGACAGAAUCCCUUCAUGAGGGCAGUACACUUGAUUCGGACACCAGUUUCAAAGUUGAGGUCAAGUCCGUGGUGCAGAUUCCCACUCAGCACACCCCCAUUGGCACACAAGCUGCACCUUCCACCAAGAAGUCCAACUCAAAAGCUAGUACGGGUCAAGUUGACAUCACAUCCAGGAGGCCAGUGGUUUUCAACACUGUGGAGGGUUGGGAGCGAGAGAAAGGAAUGUACGUCCGGUCAGUCCUGAGACACAUCAAUGAGGGCUCAGGUGCUGCUCAAGAUGCUGUUGGUGAACUGUGGAGCCUGAUGGCGCAUGUUGGACGUGAUUCUUCCGGGAGACAAUGGCAACAUCCCUGCGACCUAACACGCAGGAACUACCAAGGACGGUUGGGGAAAGUCGUACCAAAAAUGACCCUCCACAAGUGGCAGGCCAAAAACUCCUUCACACACAAGCGCUUUGACAAGGUGCCGAAAGUGUUUGAAAGAAGUACAUUUCCCUAACCAAGCCCUUUUUUAAUGGUUCCUCUCAUGUUUGCACUAUUCUUCUUUUCUAAAUGUGUGCCGUGUAUUGUUGUUGGAGUAAAUAUAGUUAGAAGACUUUAUAAUGCAUGAAACAAAGAAUGUUUGCUGGAGCUGAAUUUGAAAUUGCAGUGAAUAGCACCCAACAAGAAAUAGUCAUUUCAAACCAUGUAGCUGGUUGGUCAAGUUACUGUAUAUCCAUUAUUUUGCACUUGUGUCAAAUGUUUUGUUGUUUUUGUUCAACGCAGCACUAUUUCUAUUUUACUUGUUGACCUUGAAAUAAACUGAACUGAAAACA